AGUCUUGCACAGGUGUAUCAGCUCCUCUCCUUCAGUCUUGCACAGGUGUACCAGCUCCUCCCCCUUCAGUCUUGCACAGGUGUAUCGGCUCCUCCCCUUCAGUCUUGCACAGGUGUAUCGGCUCCUCUCCUUCAGUCUUGCACAGGUGUAUCGGCUCCUCCCCUUCAGUCCUGCACAGGUGUACCAGCUCCUCCCCUUCAGUCUUGCACAGGUGUGCCGGCUCCUCCCCUUCAGUCUUGCACAGGUGUACCGUCUCCUCCCCUUCAGUCUUGCACAGGUGUACCAGCUCCUCCCCUUCAGUCUUGCACAGGUGUACCAGCUCCUCCCCUUCAAUCUUGCACAGGUAUACCCAGCUCCUCCCCUUCAGUUUUGCACAGGUGUACCGCCUCCUCCCCUUCAGUUUUGCACAGGUUUGUACCGGCUCCUCCCCUUCAGUCUUGCACAGGUAUACCAGCUCCUCCCCUUCAGUUUUGCACAGGUGUAGCGGCUCCUCCCCUUCAGUCUUGUACAGGUGUACCGGCUCCUCCCCUUCAGUCUUGCAUAGGUUUUCUGGCUCCUCCCCUUCAGUCU